AUGUCGAAACUUGAUCGUUCAACAUCAACAACAAAUUCUCAAUUUGAAACAAAUCCUACACAUAUUGAUACUGAUUUUUCAAUUCAUGAUACAACAGCAAAUACAUAUAAAGUACUAGAUAAAGUUUUAAAUGCAACGAAUCCUUUGGAAUCAACAACUUUAAGUCAUGAAAAACCUUCCACCUCAAUAACGAUGACAAGUCCUACUGAACACAUUCAUUUAUCUUCAUCAAAUUUAUCUUUUAAUUCAACUUCUUCAUCUGCUGCAUCAACAGAUUCAACUGUGGAAGCUAUAGUAGCGAAAUAUUUAUCACCAAAACAAUCAGCAACAUUAAAAACAGCCAAACGUCUUAUUAGAAGACCUUAUGGUGUUAGUAUUACAGAUUUAGAUGUUUAUGGUGAAAGUAUCAUGAAGCAACCUAAAAAGAACAACAACAAGUUGGUGAAUAAAAAAUCAACAACUAGUGGUGAAAAUGAAUCUUCAAAAAAAUGUUCAAAUAAAACUAAAUCUUUAACAGAAAAAUUACCUGAUGUUCAUAAUUCACAAAUGAUUUCUUCUAUGAACGACUCUUCAUCUCAACGAUGCCAUUAUGAUUAUAAUGUUCUUGAUUCUUCAUUAUCAACUGGUUUACAAAAUCCUACAUGUCAUUUAUUGUUCUCUAAUUCGACUUCACAUGUACUACGACCAUUACAGAACGUAUCAACAUCUAUCUGUGGCAAUUGCCAUCAAUAUAUUAAUAUAUUAUAUGUAGGAGGUUACUGUUCUCAAUGCAACGUACCAAUAUGCUGGUCAUGUUGGUCAAGUGAAAACUUACAUUUAUUAUCAUUGUAUUAA